AUGCCACAAGCUAACGCUACAGCGCUCCCUGCACCAAGAAGAGCGAGGGGUCCCCUGCAGGCGGCAGGGGAAGUGUCCUGGGGUCUGGACAGCUGGGUUUUGAACUUCUUACCCUGCUGCUCCUGGGGUCAACAGCUCAGUGGACGCGGAGCUGGCACCAGCUGGCACCCCCAGUGCCCCAUCCGGACGGUCUGCUCUCCCUUCUCCAGUGAGGGAGGGGGCCGUACGGAGGGAGGGGGGCAUGUCAAGGGCAGACCUGCUACAAGCUCACUCACAGGGCAUCCAUGCCAUGACAUGACCUGGCCACUAGGGGACCUGCCAGCAAGCGACGAGGCUACCGUUCUGAAGCACCACACUAGCUGUCCGUGA